GCAUGAAAAGUACAGGACGCAGUAUCGAGCCAUGUUUGUCAUGAACUGCAAAGUGAAGAAAGAUGAGGUGUUACGCUACAAGACCCAGCAGGAGAGGAAACAGAGGAACAGGAAGAGGAGGAGGGGGCAGAAAACAGAAACUCCAUUGGACGAGGCUCCCGACCUAAGGCCGGCGGGGAUGGACGCUGAUGAGGUUUACCACCCGGUUCAGUGCACCGAGUGCUCGACCGAGGUGGCCGUGUUCGACAAAGACGAGGUCUACCACUUCUUCAACAUCCUGUCCAGCCACUGCUGAGACAAACAAGCAGACCGUUUUUUAUUUCAUGGGUUUGACCGUGACUCUUCACCUCGCAGCAGCUUCUUCAGCUACAGCACUACAGAAGAAGCUUUUUUUUAGCGUACUGGUUGAGAGGGAAGAAUCCUGCUGCGGUUGCACGGACUGCCUCGAAAACAAUCAGAAUCAGAAAAAUAAAAACUCAAAGUCGAUCACAUGGUUGGUCAUAUCUUCAAAUGUUUUUUGGACUUAAUACACAAGAAUCUGAAUUUUAAGGUCAAUGCGAUAUUAAUAUUUGAGAAUUACAAAAGCUGGGUAACGAUAGAUUGGCUGAUGGCUAACCUGUUUGAGAAGGCUUCCUGGUAACACUUUACCUUAACACCCUCCGUUUAGCAUUCAUAAUCAGUAUACAAACAUUGAGUAAAUAUGUUUAUAACCCACUAUAAUAUAGCUGUAACCAGAUAUAAGUGUUUAUUAUUGUAUUUAUUGAUAACCGCUAUAACUCCUCCUGUGGGUGACAAUAAGUAUGAAUGACAAUGUAGUACAACACUGUUGAUUUAAAUUAUAUAAAAUGUGUUGGGAUAGGUGAAGUUAUAAUAGUUGACAAAUACUGUACAUUAAUAAUAAACACUGAAAAUGACCUUAUAUCUGCUUACAACUACAUUAGAGGGUCCAUUAAGUAUUUGUAUACUGCUUAUAAAUUCUCUUAAAACUAAAUGUUACUCGCUUGCCAACAUUUGUCUCUUUUUUUUUUAAGAAUUGUGACCAAGAAUAGUGUACCGAGAGGAAGCAGUUAAAUAAACUUGUCAGUGCUUUCAGUGCAAAGACACA